AUGGACAGGGGAAACCAAACCAGCAUCUCAGAAUUCCUCCUCCUGGGACUGUCCGACCGGGGGGAGCAGCGGCAGCUCCUCUUCAUGCUGUUCCUCUGGAUGUACCUUCGUGGGGUCCUGGGGAGCCUGCUCAUCAUCCUGGCCAUCAGAUCUGACAGGCAUCUGCACACCCCCAUGUACUUCUUCCUCACCAACCUAUCCCUGGCCGAUGUCUGUUUCCUGUCCACCACAGUCCCCAAGAUGCUGGUCAACAUUCAGACCCACAAUAAAUCCAUAUCCUACGCUGGGUGCCUAGCGCAAAUGUAUUUCUUCAUUCUGUUCGCAGCUCUGGACCACUUUCUCCUCACUGGAAUGGCUUAUGACCGCUAUGUGGCUAUAUGCCACCCACUCCCCUACCCCACCAUCAUGGGCCCACGGCUCUGUGCCCUGAUGGUAGCUGGGUCCUGGAUUACCAGCAGUCUGCAUGCUCUGACACAUACUUUAAUGGUGCUUCGAAUAUCCUUCUGUGCAGACAACAAAAUCCAUCACUUCUUCUGUGAACCUAUCCAAAUCAUAAAACUUUCCUGCACCGAUCCACUCAUCAAUGAAAUAUUGCUCUUUGUUCUUUCAGCUCUGUUAGGGCUAGGUCCCCUCACGGGACUUCUGUUCUCUUACACUCGGAUUUUCUCCACUAUUUUAAGAAUCCCAUCUGCCGGGGGAAGGUUUAAAGCCUUCUCCACCUGUGGCUCUCAUCUGUCUGUGGUCUCCUUGUUCUAUGGCACUUCCCUUUGGGUCUACUUCAGCCCACGGUCCACCCACAAGGCCAGGAAAGACUCUAUCGCAUCUGUGAUGUACUCAGUGGUGACCCCCAUGCUGAACCCUUUCAUCUACAGCCUGAGGAACAAGGACAUGAAAGGGGCCCUGAGAAAAUUCAUCAGUAGGAAUUAUGACUUCUUCCAGAGACUGUCUUCUUCCACAUUUCCAGAAUCCACCCUUUCCUGUCCAUCCACGCUGGUCCAAGCCUGCAAUCCUAGCCCAGCAAGACUACAUCAAAUGGCCAUUGAAUGGUUAGCCACACCUGUUGACAUAAUUCGAGCGCUGAAAUUCUCAGCUCAGUUCUUGAACCAGGUUCUUUUAUCCUCUGAUAAGGAAGUUAAGCCCUCCUUCCCUAGUGAGUCUCGAGUAGUGAGAGAAGAUGAGGCCCUCUCUGGAGAGAGCAGAAUGAGAGUCCAUUUUGUCUCGGGAGAGUCAAGUUUCAGUGAAGGGGAGGAGGAGGAGUGA